GGUGUUGGAACAUCUGCUGUUGGAUCGGGUCCAGAGGAGGCUACAAAGAUGAUCCGAAGGCUGGAGCACUUUCCAUCCGAGGACAGGCUGAGAGAGUUGAGGUUGUUCAGCCUGGAGAAGAGAAGGCUCAGAGGAGACCUUAGAGCGGUUUCUAGUACCUGAAAGGGGCUACAAGAAAGCUGGAGAGGGAUUAUUCACAAAGGCUUGUAGCGAUAGGACUAGAGACAAUGGGUAUAAACUGGAGAGGGACUAGACCUAAGGAGGAAAUCCUUCAGUAUGAGGGUGUUGAGGCGCUGGAACAGGUUGCCCAGAGACGUGGUGGCUUUCCCAUCCCUGGAGGUGUGCAAGGCCAGGUUGGAUGGGGCUUUGAGCUCCCUGAUUUACUGGGAGGUGUCCCUGCCCAUCGUGGGGUGUUGGAAGUAGAUGAUCUUUAAGGUCUCUUCCAAUCCAAACUAUUGUAUGAUUUUUUUUAUUUUCCAUGUUGGUUUAUGCCCUGAACGCACCAGGAGGAUUUUCGAGUUGGAAGGUUGGGAAUGAAGCUUGGAAUGGAGUAGACGCAGCAGGAAGCUGUGAGACAGGCGUUUCUUGAGUCCGGUCUGGAGUUUGGGUGCUAGAAACAUGUUUUUCCCUCUCCCUGUAACACAGGGUGAGGUGAUUGAAUUGCAUAACUACUGUGUAAUACCCUAAGGGCUGAUCCGAGGGCUGGAGCUCCUCCCAUCUGAGGAAAGGCUGAGAGAGUUGGGGUUGUUCAGCCUCGAGAAGAGAAGGCUCCAGAGUUUAUGGAAAGGGUCUUCAGGAAAGCUGGGGAGGAGCUCUUGAUCAGGGAGUGCAGGGAUAGGAUGAGGGGGAACAGUUUUCAGCUAAAAGAGGGGAGAUUGAAAUGAAAUCUUAGGAAGAAAUGUUUUCCUUUGAGGAUGAGGAGGCCCUGGCCCAGGUUGCCCAGAGAAGCUGUGGUUGCCCCAUCCCUGGAGGUGUUCCAGGCCAGGUUGGAUGGGGCAUUGAGAAACCUGAUCCAGUGGGAGGUGUCCCUGCCUAUGGCAGGGGGUGGAACUGGAUGGGCUUUAAGGUCCCUUCCAAACCAAACCAUUCUGUGAUAAUCAGGAUGCUGUUGAGUGGCUACUGGAAUAGUAGCCAGCGCACGCAGGUGGUUUUCCAAGACACCGCUUCAAGUAAAGUCUAUGAGACAGUAGAUUCUUCAAAUCGCACUGGUAAAAUUAAUCCAAAACAUUACAACUGAUCCUUACCGCCCCUCAGCAAACCCCAAACCGUUUGACAGCUACUGGUGGUGAGACCUGCCUGCCACCAGCACACAGCAAGCCUGUGGCACCAGUAGCAGUUGCCAUCAGUUCUUUAGACAAUUCCAGUUUGGUUAUUGUAUUCCUUCUUCCAAACUCUUUUUCUCUUCUCUGUUUGGAAUGGUAAUAUGGUAGUAAGGAGCUCUCUCCAGCUCCCGUGUUCCUUCUCAGGGGUUUUGCUGGUGGCCUUAGUGGAUUUUUUACAUCAUUUUCUGCUGAUAAAGUAGGGAGUGAAAGGUGCAUGCUGGCAUUUCAGGAAUUCGAUUGUUUGAAUUAAUAUAACCAUUGUUUUUUCUCAUUGGGUUUUGGAUGCAUUUUUUGAUGUUUAACUCACCAUUCAGGGGGAUCUUGUGCGUCAGAGAAACUGUCAACAAACUUCUUGUUGGCUUUUAUUAAAUCCCUAAUGUAACAGAUGCUGCUAUAGGGCUUCUUUUUCUGGCUCAGCUGUGUGUGUGAUUUCAGUUUCUCUCCAAAGCAGUUGGGUCAGUACAGCUGGUUAGCUGAUAUCCAGUGCAAGUAAUGCUCACUUUUCUCCCUGUCAGAUGUGGCUUAUCAAGAAUUUGGUGAUGCUGGUCUGCUGUCCGUUUCCCCAGUAACAACUGGGUUUUGAAGUAAAGUGUGAUGAGAAACUCAUCCAUGUGGUCAGCUGUGCUCAAAGUUCUCAAGAAUCCUAAGGGAAGGAAUUAAAAGUCUGUUUUCUCUCAAUUAGCGUGAUUUAGCCCAUUUUAGAUCGUGCACUGCAACAUCAGCGUACGCCCCCAUCUAAUUACAGUAACAGAAUUGCAGCAGGUUCGCAGGUUGCCACCUUUUCCAUCUAGAAUGUGGAAGGACUGGCGCUGGUCUUUAUGGAUGCUCUGGAUUCACUGUUUAUUUAGGACUAGAAGUACUCAGAGGGUCAUCGUGAGUUGGGGAUGAUUUUGAACUCACUUCUUGUCUUUUUACUGAAGGGUUAAACUCCCCCACACUUCAAAGGUCACAGACCAUGUUCCUGAGGUUCAUUUUCCGAGGCAGCUCUUGGCUGGGCUCGCAUUGGGCAGAGCGGGUUGGCUUGGACUGCUGCCAUUUCCAAAUUUAAGUCCGGUCUGUUCUGUUACAAGACCAGAGGGAAACACUGUCUCACAGAGCCACUGGCAAGUGAGUUCUUUCCAAGGAACAUUGUCAAGAAAGGAAAACUCAUGGAUUUCACAAGCACAGUCAUCAUCCCACUGCUUUUUGGCAGCUUGGGGAUCUUCGCCGUUUUUCGGCUGCUGCAGUGGAUGCGGAUGCGAGCUUACCUCCAGGGAGCGGUGGUCGUGAUCACAGGGGCUACCUCUGGCCUGGGAAAAGAAUGUGCAAAAGCCUUCCACGCAGCUGGCUCCAAGCUGGUGCUCUGUGGUAGAGACAGCGAGAAGCUCAAAGAUCUGGUACAGCAGCUUUCUACCAUGACCAAUCACCGAAAGAACACACACAAACCUCACACUGUGGUAUUUGACCUCUCGGACACUAAAACUGUCCUAAAUGGUGCUGAAGAGAUCCUGAAGUACUUGGGCCAUGUGGACAUUCUGAUUAACAAUGCUGGCAUUAGCUUCCGAGGCACAAUUGUGGACACAGUACUGGAUGUGGACAAGAAAGUGAUGGAAACAAAUUAUUUUGGUCCUAUAGCCCUCACCAAAGCACUUCUCCCCUCCAUGAUCAAGAGGAGACAAGGCCACAUUGUGGCCAUCAGCAGUGUCCAAGGCAAAAUAAGCAUUCCUUUCAGAUCAGCAUAUGCUGCCUCCAAGCACGCUACUCAGGCCUUCUUUGAUUGUCUCCGAGCGGAGGUAGAGCAGUAUGACAUUGAUGUGACCGUCAUAAGCCCUGGAUACAUUCACACAAACCUCUCUCUCAAUGCUGUCACAGCAGAUGGAUCCCGCUAUGGAGUUAUGGACAAGAACACCGCUGAAGGACAGACAGCUGCAGAGGUUGCUCAGGUGGUUCUCAGUGCAGUGGGACAGAAGAAGAAGGAAGUUCUUGUAGCUGGCCUUACUCCCUCUCUGGCUGUCUACCUGCGAAACCUCUUUCCCAGACUCUUCUUCACCUUGAUGGCAACAAGAGCAAAAAAGGAGAGAAAAGCAAAGGACUCGUAGAGCUCAGCUCGUUUGCACAGUAACUGUGGGGAAGAGGCAAACCCUGCAGUUCAGAUGGGACAUCAGUGGAAAUGCUCCUGCAGGAAAAAAGGUUCUUGAGAUGCUGCAGUUUAUCAUGGAGAGCGGGAAGCAGUUUCCCCACAACAGGGCAGGCCAGCUUGCUGGAAGACAAUGCCUACACCUCAGCUGAAGAAGGAUGCUUGGGUAGAGGGGAGCUGUGGCUGCAGGGGAAGGCAAAUGCAGGGAACACGCUUGGCAGCAGGGGAGGCCUGUGUGCUGGCAGACAGCACCUCACCUCACUCCAGGCCUGCUCAGCUUUGCUGGGCCGCUAAAAUGAACCCCACCUGUUUUGCCUUCAUACAAGCCAAUCUUGGCUUCCCCUACCCCAUGGCCUCUGUGAAAUACAGCCCCCUACUGGGGCCUCUCCUCCUCAGUGUGUCUCCUUCCAGUCUGAUCUAGAACAUAUUACACUGCUGGAAGUGGAAGGCGUCAGAGCUUCUGCUUGUUAACAUGCCAAAUCAUCUGAUAUGUUAACCUAAAAUCAAGUCUGUUGCCACUUUUAAAGAAGUAAUUGAUGUAAAAGUUCAAUUUAGCAGUUAUUUUAUAGCUGAACCAUGCCUUACUGCUGCACAGGAAUGUUAAUGCUGCGCUGCCUGGCAGGACUGUGUUAACCCCACCAUGAGUUAAUGCUGGGAAGCCUUGAACAGAUAAAAAGAGCACAGCAAUGCGUGCUGUCCUGGGUGAAUACCGUGCAGCCGGUGGCAGACCUGGCCCACCUGCAGGCCUGGAGCACAGAGUUGGUGCUUUUCUGUGCCCUGGUGAGCAGGGGAAAAUCUGUGCAUGGGGAGGGCAGCAUAGGAGACAGAGCCUUAGUUCUCAUCUGGUUUAAGUUAUCACAGAUGCUAAUUGGGAUCCAAUCCAGUGGGGGCCAGUACCUGCCUGUUCAGAUACCACAGGCUCCUCACUUCCACUCUUCACCCCUUCUCGUGUGAGGGAUACCAGCACCACUGGGAAGGAGUGGCUGCACUGAGAGAGCUCAGUAAGGACAGAAAUAAUCUUUUGUAACUUCUAACUGUCAUAAAGCCAAGUUCCGGACCCUGUUACUGCCUCCACGUGCUGACCAGCAUCCUCCACGUGUACCACCUCGUAUGUCCUGCCUGUGAGUGCACACCUGAUGACGAAUAAAUUAAUUGCUAUGAAAUUAAUCAUUUCUUCUACUGCAGUUCCUCACAGCCAGUAACAUUAGAGGACAGGAAAGCUGGAGGGGUUUGGUUUUCUUUUCUUCUUGCAAGGUGCUGCUGUACCAGUAGGAACUGUAGAACAACAUACUUAUCCCAGUGCAUCACCUGCUAGGUUACAGUUAGCAUCAUGUGAAUCCACACAGAGAACAGUCACACUAGAACCCUAGUGCAGCUCUGCAGGUUGGGCUGCACCUUCUCCUUCAAAAAGUCUUUUCUUGACCACUACAGAUUUGUAAAUGACCUGUGAGAAUCCAUCCUGAUCAUGACCAGGAUGUGUUUAACGAGCACAACACUGCUGCUCUGUUAUCACCCUCUGCUAUUUUCACUGUGGCUGAGGGUGCAACUUUGCUACCUAAAGGCUUGGGGUUGAAAUUAUAAGUGGAAACUUUCUGCUGUGUGUAUUUUUUUUCCCUGUAAGAUAGGAAACCAAGGCAUUACCUUCUCUCCCUCUCCACAAGGGAAACUUCUGUAAGCAUUAGUUGUGCUUCUCCUUUUUGUGUUUUACACGUUCAGGUCCUGUUUCUUGGCAAAACCCAGCACUCCUGCCAGCCUCGGCCAGCUGCUGUCUUCUGGUGUUCCAGGUCAUGGUUACCAGGAAGGACUGUAGGCCACUUGGAAUUUCUGUGUUCUCCAGGGUGCUGAGGGGUGGAACGCGUGUGGCCUGAGGAAGGAAAUGACAUGUGGGGAGUUAGUUACUGCUGAAACUGAGCUCUAAAUCUGAGGUUGCUGAGAGUGUGCACAUCCCCAUGGAAACUAAGAUGCAUCAGAGCAUCUCCGUAACGGUCAGGAUGGGCAGCAAAGUGUGCAGGGCUUUUGGAAAGAAGGACUUGUUCUCAGCCCUGGUAUCUCAAAGCCUGGGGGGAGGCGCAGGGUGACCCCAGAGCCCCACAUACACCAACAAUCUUGUGUGAUGUGCUGAAACAUGACCCUGAGACACCUCUGUUCUCCCCACCUUGUGGUUACAGCACUGACUGCUAGUAGCCAGGAUGUCAUCAAGUAUUCCAGCCAAAUUAUCACUUGUAUUUAUUGGAAAACAAGCCCCUCACGCCCCAUCUGUGUCUCCUCCACCUCAGAACAGAGCCAAAGG